AUGUACGCAAAACUCUCUCUCUCUCUCUCCAUCUCUCUCUCUCUCCAUCUCUCUCUCUCUCUCUCUCUCUCUCUCUCUCUUUUCUCUCUCUAUCAUGUAUCUAUAGAUUCCUUUCUUGUCAUGUACUCUAAAGACCCUCUCUCUGUCACAUCCAUAGAUUCUUUUCCUCUGUCAUAUACUUCCCUUUUUCUGUCAUGUUCUUUCCGAGUCCCUUCUCCUGUCAUAUACUCUUCGAAUCUCUCCUCACUUAUGUACUCUUCUGGGUCCUUCUUCUGUCCUGUAAGCUUCGAAGCCCUUUCUGUGUCUUAUGUAUCCUUAGAAUCCCUACCUCUGUUUUACGUACUCUUCGAGUUCUUUCAUCUCUUUCAUUCUUCGAGUCCCUUUCCCCUGCCAUGUACACUUGAAUCCCUUUCUCUGUCAUAUAGUCUUCAUGUCUUUCCCCUGCCAUGUACACUUCGAGUCACUUUUUCUGUCAUAUACCCCCAUGUCCCAUCCCCUGCCAUGUAUAAGUUGAGUCCUUUGUCUAUCAUAUACUCCCCAAAACCAUUCCUCUACCAUGUACACUUCGAGUCUCUUCCACUAUCAUGCACUCUUUCAGACCCUUCCUCUUCCAUAUAUACUGCAAGUGCCUUCCUCUGUCAUGUACUGUCCGAGUACCUUCCUCUGUCAUGUACUCUUUUAGUCCCUGCCAUGUGCACUGCAAGUGCCAUUCUCUGUCAUGUCCACUUUCAGUCCCUUCCACUGUCAUUCCUUUCUUCUGCCAUGUACUCUUUCAGUCCCUACCAUGUACACUCCAAAUGCCUUCCUCUGUCAUGUACUGUCCAAAUGCCUUCCUGUGUCACGUACUCUUUCAGUUCCGGCCCUUUACACUCCAAGUGCCUUCCUCUGUCAUGUACUUCCCAAAUGCCUUCUUCUGUCAUGUACUCUUUUAGUCCCUUACUCUGCUAUGUACUGCCCAAGUGCCUUCCUCCGUCAAGUAAUCUUUAUGUCUCUUCCUCUGUCAUAUACUCUUUCAGUCCCUGCCAUGUGCACUCCAAAUGCCAUUCUCUGUCAUGUACUACCCAAAUGCCUUCCGCUGUCAUGUACUGCAAAAGUGCCUUCCUCCGUCAAGUAAUCUUUAUGUCUCUUCCUCUGUCAUAUACUCUUUCAGUCCCUGCCCUGUACACUCCAAGUGCCUUAUUCUGUCAUGUACUCUUUCAGUCCUUGCCCUGUACACUCCAAGUGCCUUCCUCUGUCAUGUACUCUUUCAGUCCCUGCCCUGUACACUCCAAGUGCCUUACUCUGUCAUGUACUCUUUCAGUCCUUGCCCUGUACAUUCCAAGUGCCUUCCUCUGUCAUGUACUCUUUCAGUCCCUGUCCUGUACACUCCAAGUGCCUUCCUCUGUCAUGUACUCUUUCAAUCCUUGCCCUGUAGAUUUCAAGUUCCUUCCUCUGUCAUGUACUCUUUCAGUCCCUUCCUCUGCUAUGUACUGCCCAAGUGCCUUCCUCCGUCAAUAUUAUCCUUUUCCCUCCUUCAUCUUAUUGUCUUCUCCUCCCUUUACUGUACUCCUCUUUCUUAUGAAUCUCUCCUCUUUCAUCCUUUUGUCUCUUCCACACAUUGCCUUAUCCUUCCCUUUUAUUUUAAUCAUAUCUCUUUUCUCUCCUUCCUCUCUUUCCUUCAUCUCUGGCUCUACGGAUAACAAACCUUCUCUCCUUCCUCCCCUCUUGCUAUAA